AUCCUGCAGUACCAAUAAUUUAAGUCUUAUUUGUAAUUAUUAAUUAUUCUUGUCUCUGUUUCUCUCUGUCGGAACAUCAAACAAACAUAUGAGAGACUUCAUCAGUUUAGCAUAAUCCCAGAAGAAAAGCAGCUGCAUCAGUCCAAAGCCCAACUACAAGAACAUUCAUAGAAAAUGGAAGAGAGGCUAAUUGAAUCAGAAGCAAAAGAUAUUAACGAUUUGAAAAAGAGAAUUUGGGCAGAAAACAAGAAGAUAUGGAAGGUUGGAUUUCCUGCAACCUUAGCAAGAGUAUCACAAUAUGGAAUGUUUGUAGUAACACAGUCAUUCAUUGGACAUGUCGGGGAGCUAGAACUUGCAGGUUAUGCACUCAUCCAAAUCAUUACUGUUAGAUUUGCAAAUGGGAUAUUGCUGGGCAUGUCAAGUGCUACAGACACUUUAUGUGGACAGGCAUUUGGAGCAAGACAAUAUCACAUGAUGGGUGUCUACUUGCAAAGAUCAUGGAUCAUCAACUUUCUUACAGCAACAAUGUUGCUUCCUGUGUUUAUAUUUUCUGGGAAAAUCUUCAGGCUACUGGGUGAGGAAGAAGAGAUUGCUGAUUCUGCUGGAUACAUCUCUGUGUUGUUUAUUCCUAUGCUCUACUUCUUUGCCUUAGCUUUUUCACUGCAGAAAUUCUUGCAAACUCAGCUCAAGAACAUGAUUGUUGGGUGGCUUUCUGCUGCUUCAUUUGUGGUUCAUGUGAUCUUGUCAUGGAUUUUUGUGAGCAAGCUCAACUGGGGAAUUCCAGGAGCUAUGACUGCUAUGAAUAUUUCAAGUUGGCUGGUGAUAAUUGGAGAGCUGGUUUAUGUGUUUGGUGGGUGGUGUCCUGAUACUUGGAGAGGAUUCACUUCAGCUGCCUUCACUGAUUUAGUUCCUGUAAUUAAGCUCUCAAUCUCUUCAGGUUUGAUGCUCUGCUUAGAGUUUUGGUACAAUGCUUUACUAGUCCUCCUGGCUGGUUACAUGGAAAAUGCAGCAACUCAAGUCUCUGCACUGUCCAUUUGCCUUAACAUCACAGGCUGGGAAUUUAUGCUGUGUGUUGGCUUCCUAACAGCCUCCAGUGUGAGAGUUUCAAAUGAACUGGGAAGAGGAGAUGCUAAAGCUGCAAAAUUUUCUGUUAAAGUCAUUUUCUUCACUUCACUGUGCGUCGGAGUGCUUUUCUUCUUUGUAUGUUUAGUAUUUGAUAGCCAAAUUGCUAAACUGUUCACCAAUGAACAAGAUGUCAUUAAAGCUGUUUCCAGUCUCUCUCUCCUGCUUGCCUUGUCUGUUUUGCUUAACAGCUUCCAGACAGUACUUACAGGAGUGGCUGUAGGAGCUGGUCGACAGAGUAUGGUUGCGUAUGUUAACAUGAGCAGCUAUUACAUUGUUGGAGUUCCAAUUGGAGUUGUUCUUGGAUAUGUGGCUCAUCUGCAAAUCAAGGGUAUCUGGAUUGGAAUGACAAUAGGAGUUGUCUUGCAAGUUUUGCUACUUGGCUACUUUACAUCAAAAACUAAUUGGGAUGAACAGGUGAUAAAAGUAUCGAAACAUCUCGAUCGUUGGCUCUUAAGCAAAUCUGAAGAAUCAAAUAAUGAAAAUUCCAUAUGAGAAAGUUUGGGUUAUUAGCAUGGUUAUUUGGCUACUUAUGUAGUUACAUAGAAGAAGAGUACAUUACUGUAAGAUUUUAUAAUAAACUUUGGUAUAUAAAGCUCUUAUAAAUUAAUU